AUGGUCAUCCCUGGCUUCCACCCGUUCACGCGACUGAUGCUGACCUACUACCACUUGAAGGUGAUCCACGGUGGCAUCACGGUGACGCUCGCCAGCGUCCGAGACGAGUUCUGGCCGUUGAACGGCCGCCGCGCGGUGCGCAACGCGAUUCGCCGCUGCUUCAGAUGUUGCCGAGCGAACCCCCAACCCAUCCAGCAGCCGAUCGGUCAGCUGCCCGUCGCCAGAGUCACCGCCAACGAAGCGUUCACCUGCACCGGCGUCGAUUUCUGCGGGCCGCUGUAUUUGAAACCAACGCACCGCCGCGCCGCAUCCCGCAAGUGCUAUGUCGCGGUCUUCAUCUGCCUGAGCACUAAGGCCGUCCACCUGGAGCUGGUCAACGAUCUGUCCACUGCAGCGUUCCUGAUGGCCCUGACCCGGUUCACCUGGAGAAGAAACAAGCCGAGUCACAUCUACUCCGAUAACGGAACCAAUUUCAUCGGAGCCAAGAACGUCCUUCACCAGCUGUACCAGAUGCUGCAGCCCGGACCCGAAAGCGACAAGAUCGCCAAGCACCUGGCGGACGACGGCAUCCAGUGGCACCUGAUCCCCCCGCGCGCUCCCAACUUCGGCGGUCUCUGGGAGGCUGCUGUUAAGGUGGCCAAGAAGCAUCUCGUCCGGCAGCUCGGAAACUCACUGCUGUCCUUCGAGGAGUUGACCACGGUGCUCACUGCGAUCGAAGGCUGUAUGGACUCCCGCCCUUUAACCCGGCUGUCGGAGGAUCCCAACGAUCUGUCCGCGCUCAAUUCAAUACCUUUUAAAAAUGUAUAA